UUGAUUGUUAAUCAUUAAUGAAAUUAAAAAUUAAUUGUUAGUAUUGCAAAGUUAUUGGUCGAUUGUGAACGCUAAGUACUCUCCAAGUUCCUGUAAAUCCCUGCAGUUUUUUUUUAAAUUAUAUUGUGCUUAACACUAUUUUAUAGUUCAUUUAAUUAAAUAUGGAUGAUUCAUUGGAAAAUCAAAUUUUACCAGACGAACCCUGGCGUAAAUUUCUAGUUGGGCGUAAAGAUAGUGAACAACAAAUGUUUUCUGUAAAUAAAUUAUUAUUAGCAAAAGCAUCUCCAGUUUUUCAACGGUUAUUUUAUGGAAGUACAGCUGAUAAUUCUGAUGUCAUACUAGAACCUGAAGUAACACCACGUGCAUUUAGUGCAAUGUUAAAUUUUAUAUAUACAGGUACAUUAAGAAUUGGAUCAUUUGAAAAUGCAUGCGAACUGUAUAGUGUAACGGUAAAAUAUGUUCUACCAACAGCUGUUUUGGCAUGUAGAUCUUAUUUAUCACAAAAUUUAAAUGCAGAAAAUAUAUGCAAAGCAUAUGAAUUUGCAGAAAUAAAUGAUGAAGCAUUUUUAAAAAGGCAAUGUAAAGAAAUUUUUCCAACUUUAAUUAAAGAAGUUAUAUCGAAUCCGAGUUUCAUGGAAAUAAAAUUAUCAACAUUAAGAGAAAUAUUAAGUAUGGAUAAUUUAAUGAUAUCAGAAGUUGAAUUAUUUAUAGCAUUAAGAAAUUACGUAUAUGUUAAUGAUUAUCUUGUUGAAUUAAAUGAAUACAAUAAUAAAGAAAAUCAAAUGCAAAAUGCUCAAGAAGGUGAAAUAUAUGAGCCGGAUGGUAUUACAAUUCAAAAAACUAUAAGAAAUAUUGAAGAUUUAAAAUAUGCUAUACGUCAAAUUAGAUUUUUAACCUUUACUAAAGAACAAUUUGUUGAAAUAGUAGCAAAAUCUAGUCUUUUAAGUGAAUCUGAAGCAUUAGCAAUACUAAUAAAUAUUGUAUUAUCUUCAAAUAAAGUAUGUAUUAUGCCGGAAGGUUUUUCUACAUCAAGAGAUCGAAGAUAUGCACAAUCAUUCAUAGAACGUACAUUUUUUAAUUGAUUCGGAUAAAAUAUAAAUGUUAUAAACUAUUGUACAUAGAAAAUAUUUGAUUUAAUUGUGAAAGUAAUUUUAAUUCUAAGAAAUGCAUUAUAUUUAUAUUUUAUAAAAGAUUGCUUUAUAGAACUUAAAAAUUAAUGUACAUAUUAUAGUAAUUGGA